CUCUCUUUUUCUCUUUUUUUUUUUUGUCCAGAAACGCCAUGACAGUUAAAAAUAUACCGCGAAAUAUUUAAAAAGAAAAAAAAAAAACCCAUUAAAUAAAAAAACAAUUCUAAUUUAAUUUUAAUUAUUAUUUAUAUAAUAUAUUUAAAAAAAUAAUUGAAAAAAUUGAAAAAUUGCUAAUACUGAUAAUUUAAAAUUCCUGUGUUAAAAGUAGUCAAAAUUAGUCUAGGCUAAGUUCUAAUUUAUCUCAUUAUUAUCAUUAUUGCCGAAUAUUAAGCGUCACCAUUUUAGGAACCGUUAUUUUAGAUGAUAACAAUAAUAUCAAAAUAUCAAAUAAUAUUAUUAAUCUGUAAAUUUGGGUGUGUACUGUGUCACGGUGUCAUCGUCAUGAUGCGUCAUUAAUAAUUACUCAUUGGUAAACAAAGCUUGUGUAACGAAUUGAGUUUGUCAUCUUAUUGAUUUCGAUUUUUAAUUAUAAAAAAAUAAAAGGCAUUGUGUGACGUGAUCGUCAACAACACUACAAUGUACGAAAUGGAUUCACCAUAUCUCAAGGCGAUCCAACAAAUACCAGGCAAGACACCUGGUGAAAAAUAUCAAGCACUUAAUUGCAUUGCCAAGAAACUCAUUAAUGAUACAAUGGAUAUUGAUGAUAAUGGUAUAAAAAAUGUAGAGGUUAAAAGUUCAGCUGAACUUCCAGAGUGUCUUGUACCAAUUGUUAGUCUUGAGGUGGCUAAAAUUCUUCACCAACCUGAUGGUAUUUUGGCUGGACUGAAAUCUGAUGAUGCCCUCAUCAAUGAUCGUGCACUCAAAGUCAAGUGGUUCUUUGAUGGCAGUAACAAGGACAUUACCAAUAGCCAAUAUUUCAAGAAUCAUGUAUUUCCUUAUGUCUCAUUGACUGUUCGCAUUAAAAUUAUCAGGAACUUGGGAAAAUAUUUAAUGUUGUCGAAUAAACAAAGUGUUGCUGAAGAAUUUUACAAUGAAUUAAAAGAGCAGUAUGAUGAAAAAACAGUUAGACCUCUUGGUUUUGCUUGUGGAGAAAGCUUUUUUCGUAAAAUCACCAGUGAAUGGAACGAAUCACUCAGUAUUAGUGAGCUUGAAAUUAUUUAUCCUCGUUUUCCAACUUAUGUUAUUGAAUUAUUGAAAAAUAAACCAUUUAAAUACAUUAAAUUUUUACCAAAGUUACUUAAAAAUCAUGCUGACAGUUUUGUUGAUAUUAUCAAAACAAUGAAAGGCUAUUUAUCAAUUGAUCUGACAAACAAAAAAUCAGAAUUUUUAUUUAAAAAUCAACGUAGUGCUUUAUUAGAAAAUGCAAAGUUAUUUAUAGAUAUUAUGAGCAUUGAACAAAUAACAAAAAAGCUAACUAAAUUGGAAUUUAAACAAUUUUAUAAACAACUAUUUCCUGAAAAAUAUGAAGAAUUUUCUUUUAACACAUUCUAUGAAUAUUUAAAAUACUAUCCAGAAGAAGAAAAAUUAAAUCUUAUGCUGUCAACAUUUGAGGAUCUUUAUGGAAAAAAUUUAUUGGAUUGUGAUGAUUUUAUAACACCUCAACUGUUACGUUUAUUAAAACCUGAGCAAAGAAUUAAAAUUGCAAGAAGAAAAUUAGAAAAAACAGAUAAAUCAUUUGAACCAAGUGAUAUUGAAUGUGCAUGGGUAUGCUACUUGCCAACAGAUGAAUCAAUUCCAAUAAUUACUGAAAAAAUAUCAAAAACAUCAGAUAGUACUGUACGUGGUCAAAAUUUACAAAAAUUAAUGUACACAUGUAGUGUCAACAAAGAUCAUGAUGCUCUUCUUAAGGUAUUGGAAUAUCUAUUCAUGCGACACAAAAAUGAAGAAUAUUAUAUAAUUCCAAGGCUUUUACAAAGACUAAGUGAUGAUUUUGAUGUUAAAAAUUUGCCAAAAGAGCAUUUAAUUGUUGUUGAUAAAUUUUUAAAAUAUUUAAACAUCAAAGAAAAACUUAAGCUACGUCCAGAAGUAAGUUCAGUUUUAAUUUGUGAUUUAAUUUACUCACAAUUAAAACGUAAUGAAGAUAUCAGUGAAUAUAUUAAGCUUUACAUUGAGAUUAAUAAUUCAGAAAGAUUAAAUAUUCUUCAUGAUUACCCGGAAUAUGAAAGAAAAUGCUUGAUUGAAUUUAUAACACAAUUAUGCAUGGAAGAUGAGCUUGAUAAAUCACCAUCAACAAUUAAUAGUAUGUUGAGAAGUAUGUAUGAUUUCAAUAAAAGAAAUGCCAAGUCUAAAAUUCAGCUGGAAAAAUUGAGCAUAAGAAAUUAUCCAACAUUGUUUGAAGCUGUUAAAUCAAUUGUAACACGAAAAACUGAUGGAAGUUUUGCUUGGGAAAAAAAUCUAGUUGAUAUGUAUUUAAGACAAGGAGAAAAUGAUCUUUAUCUUGCCUGGUUUGAUCAAACAAAAACACCUGAAAAAAUUGAAUUUAAUGAUUCAAAUGUCAUUAAAUUAUUGCAAAACCACAAAAAUUAUACAAAAAUUGGAAUGGAUAUUUUGAUGAAUGUAAAAAAUAAAAUUAAAAGACAUAAUCUUGCUCGUCGUUUUCUUAGUUAUGCUAGAUGGCAUCAAGAUUUACCAAUAAUAUUUGCAAAUAAAUGUCUUAAAGAGCUGGAAAAUAAAGAAAAUACUGAUGUUUAUAAAAAUCUUUAUGUUCUUGCUGUCUUAUAUGAUGGUUCAUCAUAUGAAAAAUUAUUUACAUCAUUUAUACCAGAAUCAAAAAUACUUGAUUUAAAAGACAACAAAACAAAAGAAGAAUAUACAUUUAAUUGUUCAAUAUUAUGGUCAUUGAAUAUUGUCAAUCCACCAGUAUCAUUUUCACCAAUUCUUCAAUUUUGUGAAGGUGAUUAUGUUCACAAAGCUAUCAAUACUUUAAACAAUGUUGGUCGUCGUGUUCCUGUUGAUAAAGUUACAUCAUUUUCCAAGACUCUUGUAAAUAAAAAAGUAUCUGUUAAAAAACAUGGUAUCAGAUUAUUCUGUGAAGUAGCCAGUUAUGAUCAAAUUCAAGAGAUGAUGAUGUAUCUCUGGGAUAAAGAAAAACAUAUAUCAAUUCGUCAAGUUUUGUAUCAAUUUAUAUCUAAAUUAUUUACUGAUGCACCAUCUUCACAAAGCUGGAGCUUGAUACAAAAAUGUAUCACUGAUGUCAAGCUUGAAGAUUAUUAUUUUGAUAAUAUAUUUGAAGUAAAUAAAGUCUCUGUUAAUUUUGUUGAACGUUAUGUUUCACUGUUGCUUGAGACAAUUGAAAGAAUGGAAAAAACAGACAAUGAAUUUGUCAACAAAAGUCAAGGAUAUGUAACUGGUAUUUUGAGCUAUUGUUCAUCUUUAUCAGAAGAAUUCCAUCAACAUAUAUUGAAAAAUCAUUUUGCUAAUUUUUCAAGACCAGAUUACUCUUUAUGUGUUAGUAUUCAUAAUUAUGUAAUCAGUCAAUAUCUUGGUGAGGCAAAUGACAAGCUCGAGUCAAGAUUAAACUUUUUAACUGAUUUAAUUUUAAAUGCUGUUAAGGCAUACUGGAAUGUUCAUUUUAAUUAUGAUCCAAAUGCAUAUCCAGUCAACUUGUGGGUUUGCAUAUUAAUAAAAAAUAUUAAUUGUUGUAUACAACAAGAUGUUAAAGUAAAAACUGCCAAGGUCGUGCUUGAUACCUUGUUGACAGUUUUAAAACCAGAACAACUUGGAACUUCAUACUUGAUUUUGAUCUACAUUGGUGUAUUUGAUGAUGAAGAAAAAUACUCGACUGAUGAAAUAUCCAAAAAGCUUGUCCAGCUUAUUCCAUCAUUGGUUGAAAUUUAUUCCAGUGAGCUAAUGCCUACAAUUGUUCGACACUUUAAAAAUCAUAUGAAAAAUGUGUCUCUCAAUAAAUUAGAUAUUAUUGAGAAACUUAUUUUAAAUGAUGAUAAAAAUAUUCUACUCUUUGCAAGUACACUAUUAUUUGAAUCGUCUGGUUACGAUGAAAAUGAUCAAUAUUUUAAAAUUAUUGAUACAUUAAAAAUGAGUAAGCAUCCAGCUAUCGUAAUUCCCAUUAUUGAUAAAUUCAAUAAUAAAUAUCCAGCUAAAAAAAUCAACAAGUCUCAGGAAGAAGUUUUAUCAUCAGAGGAAGAAACAGAUUAAAUGAUUAAAAAUUAUCAUUGUAACAACUCCUGUCAACUCAACCAGUUUUAAGUAAAUAAUAAUAUAUUAUGGAAACCCAAUUACAAAUUGAUUUUUGUAUAAUGUUUUUACAAAUUAAAAUUUUAUUCUCUACAGAUUUUAUAUAUUUAAAAUACUCUUGUAACUUUUUAUUUUUUUAACAAUAAAAAUAGUUUCAGAUUUUUUAAAA